UUUCACGCCGGUUUCACGCCGGUUUCCAGUCAGCCGCGCGCGGAUUGAGUCAAGCGAACCUACCGAGAGGUGGUGUUGACCGACCGCAGCAGGUUUUCAGUAAGAAACCUGAACAAUCGAACUUCCUUAAGCAACUGACAGUAACGUAACCUUCAUCUUUUUAACGGAAGGGUCAGCGGUGCGUAGUCAAGGCGACAGAGAGGAAAGUAAACCCCGGAGGGAAAGCGCCCGACGUGAGUUUGAGGAUCGCAGCUAAUGCUAAAGUCAGCCGGCCAUUGCUGAGAAACCACCCGGAGACUCGUGUCAGUUCACGAGCCGCUCGCUUUGACAUAACCGCCGUGGUUACACAGGAGAUAGUUGGGGGGGGGGAUUGUUAAGUUAUACGUUAUAUUUAAUUUAAAUAGAGAGGUGUUUUGCCUUUACAUUUUAGGCCACGAGCGAGUCUCUUAGCAGGAGUAGCGUUAGCUCGGCAGCCGGUCUUGUUGCGGUGACGCCGGUCUUCGGGACAGGUGAUAUCUCUGAAGAUAGUUGGCUUUUAAAGCGACUUCACAUCGUGAGGUAUUUAGCUUAAUCUUACAACUGGUAGUGUCGACGCCUUUUGCUUCGAGAUGCUGAAACAACAGCAGCAACCCGGCUCAGGCGGGAGGAAGGCGUCCAACGGAACCUCGGGCCCCGCCGGUAUGUCUCCUCCGGUGAGCGGCGGCAACAGGACACCGGCCGGGAGGAAUCGAACUUCUGCAAAGCCGUCAUUCCAGUCAUCUCCUGUGUUCGAGGGGGUGUACAACAAUGCCAGAAUGCUGCACUUCCUCACAGCUGUUGUCGGCUCCACCUGUGACAUAAGAGUGAAGAAUGGCAGCGUAUUCGAAGGUGUAUUCAAGACUCUCAGUUCUCGGUGCGAGUUGGCUGUGGACGCUGUACACAAACGCAGUGAGGAGGAGUGCUCGACAUCACUGCUGCCACGGCGGGAGGACAUCACUGACACGAUGAUCUUCAGCCCCUCAGACCUUGUGACGAUGAUCUGCAAAGACGUUGACCUCAACUAUGCUACCAGAGACACCUUCACAGACACGGCCAUUAGCGCCACUCGCGUCAACGGAGAACACAAGGAGAAGGUUUUGCAGAGAUGGGAGGGAGGAGACAGCAACGGAGAGAGUUACGAUCUGGAAAAGGAUGCAGCCAAUGGCUGGGAUGCCAAUGAGAUGUUCCGUUUCAAUGAAGUGAAAUAUGGAGUCACGUCAACGUAUGAUUCCAGCCUUUCGAUGUAUACCGUGCCGCUGGAGAAGGGCACCUCUGACACGUUUCGUCAGAGGGAGGCGCGUGCCGCUCGCCUGGCCAGCGAGAUCGAGUCCAGCCCCCAGUAUCGCCAUCGCGUCGGCCUGGAGAACGACGAGGGCAAAAGCGAGGAGGACAAAUACAGCGCCGUGGUGCGGGAUGGCAACGACCGCGAGAGGGGCCGGGAAAGCCCUCGUGACCGAGAGCGCGAAAGGGGCCGAGACAGCCCCGGAGCCGGCACCAGGGACGGCAAGUACAUUCCACUCCCUCAGCGGCAGAGAGAGAUGAACCGGGAGCGAGUCGAGAGGGGACCCGGCGGUCCUCCACCCCACAACCGUCUGAGCGGAAGCUAUCGCUCCAACCCUCCAUCCUCUGGCCCCAGAGCCCCACUGGCCUCUGGGGCCGGUCCCCAGGCUGGCGUCUCCCCCUCGGAGAGAAACAGCCCUCUCUCAGGCCGAGGUGGCGCCUACGCUGCCCACCACCCCCCUCAAGGAGGACCGGCACCCGCUCCAUCUCCAGCCAGCCCCCCCGCCCCACACGGACACGCAGUCCCUCAUUCCCACUCGCUGGCUGACGCCGGCCGGCCUGUGAAUGGAGUCUCUACCAGGACAUCUCCCAAAGCCCAAAGACCUGCGCAGUCUGGCAGAACAGUCCGUUCUUCUCACGCUCAGUCUCCGGCAACUCGUUCUCCUAAAUCAGGUCCUUCCCAGGACACGCCUUACUUAGACACGUCGUCCGUCUCCAUGCCUCCCCUCAAGACGUCUGGCCCCGCCCCUCUCUUCCCAGUCGAUGUGAACGAGAUCCUCGGCGCAAAGGAACGCGCAGCCGAGAUCCUCGGCAGCGCGGAGGACGGCAAGAAUAGUAAAGCUCCUUCUGUUCAGCAAAGGUCGCAGAUUGAGGAGCUGCGUAAAUUUGGCAAGGAAUUCAGGCUCCAGCCGAGUGGAGGCAGCUCCCCCGCGACGGCAAAUCCACCCGCCGUCGGAGACGGCCCCCAAUCCAGCGCGGCCCAACCCUCGCCGUCCGACACGCUCCCCGCUUCAGAGCCCAAAGCCCAGGCUUCGGCUUCCAGUCCCUCCCAGCACCAACCUCAGGCUUCACCGGCCGCCGCCGAGGACGCCGCGACGGCACCCGGUGCUGCGAGCUCCGGCGCGCCACCCGUUUCAGACAGGCAUUCGCCAGCCAGGACCCCAGGAAGCGAGGAGUCGACGGAGCGGACCGAGGGAGUGCCUGAGCAAGUAAAGAAAUCAACAUUAAACCCCAACGCUAAAGAGUUCAACCCUAUUAAACCUCUCAUGACGAAGCCCAGCCCGGCGCCCACCCCUCCUCGGCCAACGCCUCCGAGCCCGGUGGUCCUUCAGCACCCGGGGGGACAGGGGCCCCUGUACAACGCCCCCUACCUCUCCUACGUGUCACAGAUCCACUCUGUGCAGCCCCCACCAAUGUACCAGUACACCUUGUCUGCAGUCACCCAGGGAAAAUACCCCAGGACCAAAGGCUCGGUCGUGGCCCAGCGCUCUGACCACGGCUCUUCAGCACCGCCGAUGCUGCAAGCCGCACCGUCGGCAUCUGGGGCCCCGCUGGUGGCGUCCCCCUACCCUCAGUCCUACCUCCAGUACAACCCACAGCAGUACAGCCAGCAGCAGGUCAUCCAGGCCAUGACGCCCUACCCAGGACAGCCGAUGUACUCCAUGCUGCAAGGUGGAGCGAGGAUGAUAGGUCAAGGUGGGGGUCCCCACCCACAAGCCUUGGGUCCCCCAGGAGGCCCCCAGUUCUCUGCACAGGGAGACGGAUCUCAGGGACCGCAGCAGGGCAUCUACGCCCAACAGUCCUUCUCCCACCACUCGGGUGCAGUUCAUCAUCCCCAGCCCUCCAGUACCCCAACAGGCAACCAGCCCCCUCCCCAGCACGCUGCACCGAGCCCCGGACAGAAUGACCAGUCAGGCCCGCAGCCCCAGUCGUUGUACCACUCGGGCCCCCUGUCAGCACCCACCCCCCCCAACAUGCCGCCGGGCCACACCUCUCCGCAAGGCGCUUACCCCAUUCAGGGCUACAGCAUCCACAGCCACCAGGGAAUCCCACAAACGUAUCCCCUCGGACAGUUAGCACAGGCCCACGUACAGGGAGCCAUGUCGGGGCCCCACCACUCGGGGAACCACGGUCAGCCCCAGUUAGUGAUGCUGCAGCCGCCGCCGCAGCAGGGCCCCGGCUCGGUGCCCCAGCAUCCCCAGCAUGGACCGCAGCAAGGAGCACACCAACACUUUUACAUAGGACAUCCACAAGCAAUGCAGGUACAAACGCACCCUGCUCCCUUCCAUCAGCCUGGAAACUAAACCCCAUCUACCCUCCUCCCCACCUCCCAAACUGUUCUUAGGAAUGAGCCCCAACAUCCCCGCCGCCUGCUGGAUGUUGGCCCAGACUGAACGCGACUCGUGAAAAACAAACUGAAAGGAUCGCACGGAGGAGAAAGAGGACAAAGUCUCACAGCACCUUAUUCUUCUGCUGCAACAUUCAUCCGUAAAAAAAAAAAAAAAUAACAGUCGGCGUCGCUGAAGAGGACCUUUUUUAUAAUGAUGAUGGCAUGUCCGACCGCCGCCGCCAUCCAGUUCUUCUCUCCAACUUCUUCCCAUUUCAGAGACAUGAGGCACCUUGCUGGGCGGACGAGUUGGAGAGGAAAACAUGCGGGUAAAAAAAAAAACCGGCAGCAGACGCCAUCUUCCAGCAGUGUUUUUAGCCUUUUGGGGUUUUGUAAGUACCAUGAUACAAAUGGGAAACAGACUCCUGUGGGAUUCUCACGAAUACAGCAUGAAAGGACAGAUUUGAAGAGAUGGGAUUUUUAACAAAUCAUUUUUCCUUUUUUUUUUUAAAAACUCGAUCCAGUAGUUAAAACCACCCGUUUGCUUCUUCUCUCCUCUAGGAAAAUAUAAUUAAUUUUAAAAAAUAGACAAGACAAAAAAAAAUAUUAAAACAACAAUAGCCAAAAAAUAAAGUUUUCAACUCGA